CCUGUUUAUUUUUUCUUUUAUCUUUCAGUUGGUGAUAAGGUGCCCGCUGACAUCAGAGUGACCUCGAUAAAGUCCACCACCCUGCGAGUGGACCAGUCCAUCCUCACAGGGGAGUCGGUGUCCGUCAUCAAACACACGGACCCCGUUCCUGACCCCCGAGCCGUCAACCAGGACAAAAAGAACAUGCUGUUUUCUGGCACAAACAUCGCGGCGGGCCGAGCCAUCGGGGUCGUCGUUGCUACCGGCGUUUCCACGGAGAUCGGAAAGAUCCGUAAUCAGAUGGCCGCUACGGAACAAGAGAAGACGCCUCUGCAACAGAAGCUGGACGAGUUCGGACAGCAGCUCUCCAAGGUCAUCUCGCUCAUCUGCGUGGCCGUGUGGGUCAUCAACAUCGGCCACUUCGGAGACCCCGUCCACGGCGGCUCCUGGGUCAGAGGGGCCAUCUACUACUUUAAGAUCGCCGUGGCGCUGGCUGUGGCCGCCAUCCCCGAGGGCCUGCCCGCUGUCAUCACCACCUGCCUGGCCCUCGGCACGCGCCGCAUGGCCAAGAAGAACGCCAUCGUUCGCAGCCUGCCAUCAGUGGAGACGCUGGGCUGCACCUCCGUGAUCUGCUCUGACAAGACGGGAACCCUGACCACCAACCAGAUGUCCGUCUGCAGGGUGAGUGCUGACGCUUUCUACCUCCGCGCCAACGAAUCGCCGCGUUCCUGA